GUUUGUCUUGGUACCAAUUUCUACUCAAUUCCAAGUUUCCUGGUCGUACUUUCCAACUUGACCACUUCCACUGACCAUCCAUCCUUAACUGCAUCUCUCCUUCAUCCAUCAUCCCCUUCCUUUGACUGGAACUUGCGAGAAUAAAAAAUUAUCCACCAUGAUUCCCUCGCCAGAGAUCAAUCUUGACGAUUAUGCCGUCUCUCCAGCCCAUGGUUUCCUUCCCACGGGUCUUCCCUUACAGAGACUGCCGAAUGGUUACUACGCUCCCUGGGAGAACAUCGCCGUCCGGUUGCCAGAUCUGAUUCAGACUGGCCAGAUCAGACAUCUGAUUGAUGCCUUGCCUGUUCUCACAACGAAGUGGUUGGAAACAGAGUCUGAGUGGCGUCGUGCAUACUCGAUUUUGGGAUUCUUCUCGCACGCUUAUAUCUGGGGAGGCGAGAAGCCUAAGGAUGUCCUCCCACCCUGCAUAGCAAAGCCCUUCCUCGAGAUCUCCAAACACCUCGAGCUCCCUCCCUGCGCAACCUACGCAGCUCUAACGCUAUGGAACUACACCACCGUCCCCGAACUCGACCUCACAGAACCAGACCACCUCUCCGUCCUGACCUCCUUCACCGGCACCAAAGACGAAGAAUGGUUCAUGGUCAUCUCCGUCGCCAUCGAAGCCAAGGGUGCCCGGCUCGUCCCGCUAAUGCUCGAUGCCAUCGCCGCCGCCACAGCUAACGACGCACCCCGUCUGACAGCGCUGCUUUGUCGAUUCACAGACGGUCUGCAAGACUUGACUGGCACGCUGAAGCGGAUGUAUGAGAAGAACGACCCAUAUGUUUUCUUCCACCAGUUGCGGCCGUUUUUGGCAGGAAGUAAGAAUAUGGCUGCGGCUGGCUUGCCGCAUGGUGUGUUCUAUGAUCUUGGUGCUGGCCAGGGCGAGUGGCACCAGUAUAGUGGUGGGAGUAAUGCGCAGAGCUCGCUGAUUCAAACUUUUGAUAUUUUCCUUGGGGUUAGUCAUUCUGCGACGGGGGGUACGAGUAUGAAGUCUUCGGGGACGAGUUAUAUCCAGGACAUGAGAAACUACAUGCCCGCCCCGCAUAAACGCUUCCUGGAGACACUCUCCGCUCUCUCAAAUAUCCGGUCCUACGUGACUUCCUCGCAGGCAGAGUCCCCUCUGAAGGAGGCAUAUAAUGCUGCCGUCUUGACGCUGAGCUCUUUCCGCGACGCUCAUAUCCAGAUUGUCUCGCGGUAUAUCAUCAUGCCAGCUCGCAGCAAUGUACCUGUCGAUCAGCGUACUGCAGACAAGGUCAACCUGGCUACCGCCAGCGCUCAGAUUAAGGGUCUGAGCGAGACAAAUCCUACGGGAUUGUAUGGAACUGGUGGUACGAGCUUGAUUCCGUUCUUGAAGCAGACUCGUGAUGCGACCAAGUCUGCUACUUGCUAGAUGGGACUUUCUUUCUUUGUUUUUUACUUUUCCUCUCUCUGUUUAUCUCGGUACAUGGCGGUGCGAUAGAGUGUUUUGGCGUAAUGAGUCAUUUCAAAUAAUGAUUGUGUCUUCUCUCGGAUAGAGCGAGGCAGUUCUCGG